AUGUACUCGACACAACACGGCGCCAUGGCUGGCCCUCCUCAGGGUCGUUCGGUAGCUCCAGAGACGUUCCUCCUCGACCAGGACGCCCAACAGAGCUUGCCGCAAGACUCGAUAGUCGCCCUGCAGCAAGUCGACAACCGUACGUGUCGCAUCUCUCCCUUCUCUUCCAUCACCUCCACCUCCAAUGGCCGAUACUGA